UCAAUCAGCUACCGUUGACUUCUUAGCCCACCUUCCCCCACCAUCUGCCCAUCGUACAGACGACGACGCGACGUGCGUAUAACGUAUCCAAUGUAUUUGCUAUGUAUUCGAAUAAUACCAAUAUCUAUGUACUACGCGUGUGCGUGGUAAUACGUUCCUCGCUCGUUGCUUUAUCCUCACAUUCGUUUUUCCCCAUAGACACUUCCUAAUCAUUGACAUCGGCUCGUCCUCGUUCUUUUCUUCUUUUUUUCCCUUGAAGAGAACGAACCGAAUGAUGUCUCCUUAUUUCUUAUUAUUCCCUGUUAAAUUUUACUUUACUUCAACGUUGACGAUAAUUCUCUUCGCGAUCGCGUGACGCGCGUUACGACUUCUUUACCACCGAUGCUGACGAGAGUGUCAUCGGCGAUCGUUCAGCAAGGACGACGAUGUCUGGAAGCAGCGAUUCCGAGGAAUUCUUCGACGCGGAGGACGAUUCCUUCCAUCGUAUCUCGCGGAAAGUCAGACAGCGUGAUUCCACAAACGCUACAGAGAUACAAAUACAAAGUAUACCAGAUUCUACUAAAGAAAUAGUGGAUGAUGUUUUCGUCAAACCUAUUGAUCCUAAAUCAACUUCUGAUAUUAAGGAUAAUAUAACAUUGGAAAGAGUACAGAGCAAGGAUAGACUUGUAGAAGAUGAUGGUAAAGUGACAAAUACGGAUAAGAUCGUAGGUAGAAGGAGAUUUCGUGAAUUGAGACAACGUAUGCAAACAGAAGAUGAUGAUAUUCCUGUAAACAGUUCUCCUCCGGAUAGUCAAACUUCUUCCAUCGAAGGAAUUUAUCCGAUGCCUUCUAAAACUACCCAUCCAUUCCGAAUUAUAGAACAUGAUACUCUCAGUUUGCAAAGUAUGACUUCUUUAGGCCGAGUAGGUCGAAUUUUAGCGGGUGUAACGGAUAAUGUUUCUGGGAUGCUUGCACCAGGUGUAGCUCAGUGUUCUGGCUCAACAGUUCUUACUCGCGAAAACCAGAUGUCCUCCAUUGCUAGUAUUCCAAGCAAAGACGAGGAUACUGCAUCUGGUAAGCUGUCUCAGUCAUCAAGCGUCCUUACCUUAUCAGGGGAUAUCCUUCAGGAAUCCUCUGUUAAUGGUAGAUGUGAUUAUGUCUCACGUCCGCAAAGUGACAAGACUAUGAUGCUUCAAGAACCUGAUGUCAUCGCGAGUACAAAAAAUAAUGGAAAGGCCCUGGAGGAUGGUACAAAAGUAGACGUGCCCGUAGCACCUCCUAGACGUAAGAAGAAAUCAAAAGUGCAAACGCCUACUGAUCUUGCUCCACCUACUACGGAAGUAUUAGUACCAGCUUCUCCUUUACCAAGUCCAGCAAGUACCAUUGAAUCUAUUACGAGAGAAUUCGAACAUUCUCUUGAUAUUAGAUCAGCGACCAAAGGACAAUACGUUGUGAAACCACAAGAUGAAGAUAAGUCAAAAGCCGAAGGACCAUCGACCGAAGAAUUGGAAAGAAUAGAACGAAUGAAAGCUGAAUUACUUAGCGUACGAUCAAGCGAUAAGUCUAGUAGUCCCAUGGGAUCAAUAUCUAGCAACAGUAUCGGUCGAUAUUCUUUAGGUCCUCAUAAACUUCCUGGCUUGAGUCCUCAAGGUUCUAGAGAAAGACGAAAAUCUGCUGGCGAUCAAGAUAUGGUUAAACAAUUAAAUAUGUUCGUAAGAACACGUACUGAUUCGGGAAAACGUCUUACGGAUAUGGAAAUAUUGGAACAAGUUACCGUGCUCAAUUUGGAUACGGGAGAAAGAGUGCCAUUAAGCAUAGCCGAAGAUAAAUUACCGCAAUGCAUUAAUCCUUUAUCUUUACACAUUAUGAGAUUAACGUCGGAGUAUAUAAGUAAUUCCAGUUUGGAAAAAGAGAAAGAAAGUGACGAGGAAAGUGUUGAUAGUAAAAUGUCGAGUAUACCACCCGAUGAAGAUGUAACGGUUGGUAGAGUACGUAAGCGUACGCAAAAGUUGAAACGAUUCUUAGGAUCAACUGUUAAGAAAACAAUGGACAAAGCAAAGUCAAUCGCUCAAGAAGUUUCACACGCUAGACACAAAGAGGACGUAAUGGAAAUUCUCGAUGAUGUUUAUCCCGGUGAGCAACAAUACAUUAAAUUAAAAGCAUCGAACAGUCACAAAGGCCCAUACGAAUUUAGUUGUUUACAACACGUACAAGAUCUUAGCGGAGAACACGUUGGUCCCGUUUGGUGUAUGAAAUUUUCAGCAUGCGGUAGAUUAUUAGCAACCGCUGGACAGGAUCGUGUUUUAAGAAUAUGGGUAUUACGAGAUGCUUUCACGUAUUUUCAAGAUAUGAGAACAAAGUAUAACGCGGAAAAGGUCAGUCCAACGCCUUCACAAGAAUCAUUAGUAUCUCAACAAUCAAUGGAGGAUCCUAACGUCGUAGCGAGUGCCUUCAGUGAGAUAGAAGGAACAAAGAGUCCAUUUAUGCCAAAGCCAUUCUGUACGUAUACAGGACAUACGUCAGAUUUACUUGACGUAUCAUGGUCAAAGAACUAUUUCGUUUUAUCAUCGUCAAUGGAUAAAACCGUACGAUUAUGGCAUAUAUCAAGAAAGGAAUGUUUAUGUUGCUUUCAACAUAUUGACUUUGUAACCGCUAUAGUGUUUCAUCCACGAGAUGAUCGAUAUUUCCUUUCCGGCUCGCUGGACGGUAAACUACGCCUUUGGAAUAUACCAGAUAAAAAGGUAGCUGUUUGGAAUGAGGUAGACGGCCAAACGAAAUUAAUAACAGCUGCGAACUUUUGUCAAAAUGGCAAAUUCGCUGUAGUUGGUUCUUACGAUGGUCGAUGCAUAUUUUAUAAUACCGAUCAAUUAAAAUAUCAUACGCAAAUAGACGUACGUUCGACAAGAGGCAAGAAUUCGACCGGUCGUAAAAUAAGUGGUAUCGAACCGAUGCCAGGAGAGGACAAGAUUUUGGUUACCUCAAAUGAUAGCCGUAUACGUCUUUACGAUUUAAGAGAUUUAAAUCUAUCCUGCAAGUACAAGGGAUACGUUAACGUUAGCAGUCAAAUCAAAGCGAGCUUCAGUCCGGAUGGUCAAUAUAUAGUUAGCGGUUCAGAAAAUCAAUGCAUUUAUAUAUGGAAGACGCAUCACGAUUAUUCGAAAUUUUCUAGCGUUCGUAGAGACCGUAAUGACUUUUGGGAAGGUAUUAAAGCACAUAAUGCCGUUGUAACGUGUGCCGUAUUCGCACCAAAUCCAGAUAGUAUCAUUAAACAGAUAGAGGAAAGAGAACAGUGGGAGGGGAAGGAUGAUCCAAAGAGUAUAGGAAAUUCUAACGUGAACAAUGCACCAGUUGAUCCUGUUGUAGAACAACGUACCAAAGGAUGCGGUGGACACGUUCUCGUAAGCGCCGAUUUCAAUGGGUUCAUCAAAGUUUUUUUAAACAAAACUAAACCGAAACAUAGCUCGUUACCUGCUUCUGCUCUCGCGUAACGUAACAUCGUUGACGAUAUUCACACAUACAUACACAUUUUUGGGGAAAUAGUCAAAAUAGAGAUAAUAAAAUAUCAAAGCAUUCUUUGUCUUUAUUAAAUAUCACGAAUCUCAAUGCGCUCAUUAUGAGAGAAGAUAAACUGUAUUAAAUAAUUAAACAAGCUGUUUAUUGGAAGUUUAUUCAAAAAGAAAAGAAAAGAAAAGAAAAGAAAAGAAAAAAAAAAAGAAAAAAAAAAUUCUAUAUGUUAUAUGCCGCGAGUAUUGUCUAAUCGUUAAUAGAGAAACUAUUUGUCGCGCGACAUACGUAUAUUUUUCAAAGCUCUUACGUGAUAACGCCUAUUUAAAAAGGGGAGAAAAAGAAAAAAAAAAAACAAACAAAAUAAAAUAAAAAAAGAAAAAAAAUAAAUACUUAUUUUAAACGUAGCAACGAGACGAGUAAAACACACGUGUGAUGAUAAUUCUUAAUAUAUACGUAUACACAUAUAUACAUAUAUAUUUACUCUUUUGUCGAAGAGAGAGAGAGAGAGAGA